CUAAUAGCUGAUUUGAGUUGCUUACCCCUAUUUGCAAGUCAUUCUGGCGAAAACACAGUACUCACAUAUAACAAUCUUGACCAAAGAAAGGAAACAUGGCUCAACUUGGUCAACCGUUAUCAGAUUAUCAAAGGCCUCAUCAAGUGCAUUUUAGUCCAUAUGAUUUCAAUGGAGGGUAAGUUAAAUUUGGUAUAUGGUCGAACGCCUUCCAACGGUAGCCGAUGCUUAUACUAUUACUAUACUAUACUAUAUAUUAUAUACACAAUAGUAGGGGUGUGCCGGAUCCGUUUUUUCCAUCCGGAUCCGGAUUUUCUGAUGCGAAAUCCGCCGGAUCCGGAUUCCGGAAUAAUCCGGAUUCCGGAAUAAUCCGGAUUCCGGUUUCUCCCGGAUUCCGGAUUUUGGUACUAUUGGUAGAUACUUCGGUAAGUCAAGGUGGACUACUAUUUUUUGUGUAUGGGAAUUCGCAAUCGGCGCCAAAAAAUCCGAGUUUUUAAUUUUCCGAUGUGUGUGUCUAUUUAUUAUUAAAUUAGUACUUUCGAUAUAUAUUUGAGUUCCGUUCCAUUUGGAUAAGUGUCUUACGAGAGACGCCAUGUUUCUACGCGUUCGCAGCAGGUCAUGCAGCUCGCUCAACCUAAUUUCGCCAUGGGGUUGGCCACGCCCCCCUUUUUAAUGGCGGAAGUUGACGAUACUUAGGAAAUAUUAAUUUAUUAUCACUAUUUACAUCAAAAUAAUUGAUAACUUGUGUUUCAGAAUGCAUUUAAAGACAUUUAAACUGGAAUGUUUUAAUUUGAGCUUUAACAACCCGGUAGAAUCCAUAUUAUAAAUGAUCAGAAUUUACCGUGUGCAACACGUUGUCAUUGGCAACCAUUCACAGCCACUUGCAUAACUGUAUCGUAGUACUACCUCAGAGUUUCAUUCAUAAGAGUUUGCCGUGUGCAAAAACUAUUAAACCAUUGGUCAGGGAAAGCUUUAAUUAAUUAUUCAUGUGCCAAAGUCUAAACAGUAUUUUAGUGAUAAGGCAGGGAAUACGUUGCCUUAUAUAAACUAUAUAGUCAUUGCGCAUGACGGGAUUGGCGGAAUGAGAUCACAGAAUGUGGAGAUGCAGUCCAUGUUAAAAAAUGACAAACCAAGUCGUACUUUAAAAAUUCAUAACUUUAAAACUACAACAGCUAAAAAUAUGAUUUUGGUGUUAUAAUUCUUUAAAAAAUUACAUCUUUUCAACUAUGUCAUUGGUUUAUUUUUACAAAAAGUUUAAAUUUUCUUAUCAAAGUCCCUACACUAUUGGCCACUAUUAGCGGUGCUGACUCUAGCCUCUGGUAUGUACGGAAUAUUAAACAUUAAACAAGCUCAACGCUCAAAACAAUCGAUUAAUGUAUCGUGAUCGUGUGGAAUUCGGGAAAGAGAAUUACUUUUAUUUCAGAUUAUGAUCCGGUGAGUCACAAAAUCUGGCAAAUUCCGAAAUCCGGUAUAUUCCGGAAUCCGGUUGUUCGGAUACAUGUAAAUCCGGCGGAACCGGAUUUCACCGGAUAGUGCAAAAUCCGGCGGAACCGGAUUCCGGACCGGACUCCGGCACACCCCUACACAAUAGUCUCAAUAGUGGCAUUCGUCCUGGUAAAUUUACCAACUAUUGUCUAUAGUGUAGGCUACUGUAGGCAUAGUAUUACACUAUUGACUAUUGUUAUAUUAUUAUUAUGCUAUGUCUAGCGCCGCUAUAUUGACACUCGCUUGUCUCACUUGGUAUGGACUGACAUAAUCACUCAGUUUUGGUGUUUAAAAAUCUAUAAAAUUAACAGGUCACUGUCUCAUUUUCGUAAUUGUAAUGAUUGUGGGGAUGCUCAUAUUGUUGCUUUGUGUCUGUGUGUUUUCUUUAUCUCACUAGACACAGCAACAGUAACAUUAACAUAGUCGCUUUAUUGACAAUUUUAGUCAAUCCUCGCUUUUGUUUUCAUCAGUGCUGUCAAUUAUUUCAUUCUGCAAACAACUGCGAGUUCAGAAACGGAGAAUGCAUUCUCGACAAUUCUGCACAGCAACAUUAGAUUUCAAAAUAUUUUGUAGGCUGUUAAAACAUAUUUUUAGGAGGCACAAAGCAGCUGUAUGAAUUUUAAUACCCCCAUUUACAGCCUGUGAUAGUUUUCAGACUAAAAUAUAUUAGGGGGAAAUAGGCUUAAACCUCAAAUUAAAAUAUUCUUGUUUAAAUGCAUUCUAAGUUCAUUCUAAACUCACACAAGUUAUCAAAUAUUCUAAUUUGGAUAGUGGUAAUAAUUGAAUAUUUCCUAAGUAUCAACAUCUUCCAACAUUAAAAGUGGGAGGGGCAUGGGCUGAGUGACCUUAUGAUAAUGCUGGUUGCCUGGAAUAGCAUAGUGAACGUGGGACAAGACCUACAUGAAUGAAAAUCUGCUUACAUAUACGUCCAUAUAUAAUGCUGUUUGAUGAGAAAGACAUUGUCUUUUAAUUUCUUUAAAAAAUUUUGAUGGAAAGAUACCUUAUAUAUACCUAGGAAUUUCUAAAACAGUACAAAUAGAUUGUUUUCCAAGAUGUCCCCUAUUGUGAACAUGUGGAAAGAUACCAAAAUUUAUUACAAAAUGGUCCUUUCAUUAAUGAAAAAAGACCAACGUCCAGAAAUGUAAAACUAUGAUUAACUUGCGCUGAUGCCCAUUUCCAAUACACAUUUUGAAAUAGUUUUCCUUGCUUUACCAAAGUACCUACUAGCUUUAGUAAUUUUUUAGCUAUUAAUUUUUGAAGUUUGUAAUUUUUUUACUAUUGACUGCACCUUUACAUUUUGUGACCCAAUACCGCUGAUUGUGUCACAUGCUUUAACACUUGUUUUAAAGAUACAUUUAUACAUUUUUUUAUUUUCAGGAUUAAAGCUAUUUUAAAAAGUAAUAAUUUUAUGCAUUUAUCUAGCUUUAUACUAUGUAAAUUAAAUAUGUACGAUAUGGCUUUACUGUUUAUGUAGUCUAAGUCUAAGAUGUCAUUUAUUUAUAAAUGUCUAUAAAAAAUAUACAGAUUACUUAUUUUGAACUUUUAAAUUUGCACAUGACUAAUUAAUUAAAGCUUUCCAUGACCAAUGGUUUAAUAGUGUUUGCACACACUAUCUCAUAUGAAUGAAACGCUGAUAAUAUAUAUUGCAUAUAGUCAUAUGCAGUGACUGAAUGGUGCCCAUGACCGGCAAAAAAUGCACACAGUAAAUAAUAAUUAAUAACUUGUACUCUACCAGGAUUUUAAACCUCAAGUUAAAAUAAUAAUGCUUAAAUGCCUUAUAAGCUUAUUCUACAACACAAGGUAUCAAAUAUUUUGAUGUAAAUAGUGGUAUUAAUUGAACAUAUCUUAAGUAUCCCAUCUUCUGCCAUUAAAAAGGGGGUCGUGGUCACAUCCAAGCAAAGUUUGGCAGAGCAACCUACAUAGUAUACUGCUCAAACGUAAAACCAUGACGUCUCUCAUAAAACACAUAUGAAAGUUGGCACACAUGUAGAUCAACAUAUACCUGAGGGUUAUAAUAAAAAAUGAAAAAGACAUAUAUUGAACUUAAUCUUAAUUAUGAAACAUGCCUUAUAUUAACUAAUAAGGAUUUUCUCAAAGUUGACUGAUUAUAAAUGAAAAAGAAAUGCCGCGUAAAGCGAAAGGAUGGAUACGAAAUACAAUUGUGGGACAAGAUAAUUAUUUUAUGAAUGAAAUAGCACUAUCAUCAAAAAAUUAAAACUUGGAUUUUCCUGCGCUGACAUCCAUUUCCCAUACAAUUUUUUAAGUAAUCUCCCAGCUUUACUUAAUGAAUUAUAUGAAUUUAUUAAAAUGUCCUUACAUAAUAACUUGUCCAUAACUGACGCAAGGAGGAAGAGACAUAGCCGCAGCAUGUGCCUUGCAUAUCCUGUGGCUGCAGAGGCCCAAAGGUUGUGAUUUGAAAAAAAUAUAAACUGUUAUUUUUAAUGCAAGAGGCACAAAACAAGUCAUGUGAUAGCUCUGUCAGAAGGUUGUCUGCUGACUCAAGUGUCUCAGAGAUUUAGGAAAAUUCUGAUAAUGCUUGUCUUUUGUUUUGAUUUUUUCCAAACAAGAUAGGCCUAGGCCUAACCAAAUUGAAUUAUUUUUUAGUUUAGCCUGUCGCUAUGUAAACCACAGCAGUAAACCAAACACACCAAAGGUUGCUUUUACCGCUCGAGUAAAUGAUUUGACAUUUUGAUUUUGGACAAGUAAAUACAGUAGUCUUAUCUCAUGAAUGUUAAAAUUGAAGAAAUGAGUUUAUUUACCUGUGUGUGACUUAUUCUGCAUUUAAUUAAAUUAGUUUACAGUUGAAUUCAAUAAACUAAUUAGACCUCGCUAUAUUGGCAUAGGCCUAAUACUUUUUAGGAUAAAAUCAAUCAAUCAAUCAAACAAAAAUAAGAUUAACUAAAAGACAAACAGCACCUGAGUAUAGAAAAUAACUCAAGCCAAAGAAUGCGCUUGUGCCAGUUGUAAUGAUAUCUUAAAUCCAACACUAUAUUCUCAUUAGCGUUAGGCUCAUUACUUGCUGCUUGCUAUCUCAAAAGGUGGUCAAAGCUUCAGAUACAUUUACUGUUACAAAAAUGCAGGCGUUAGCAUAUUAAGUUUACCGGGGUUUUAAACUUUACAUCUUUUUAUUUUUAUCAUAUUUGGUGAGCAUUUAAAAAUAUUUAAAUUGUUAUAAUUAUAAGUCGUUUAGGCAUUAUUAACCAAAGAAGGUAUUCACCAUUGAGAUGCUGUGUUGUUGCAGAUGUGUUAGUUUUAAAGUUAGAAAUACAAACCAAUGUAUGUCCUAAUAGCACACCGAAACCAGACUAACACACACAAGAACUCUAGUAAAGAAGUCUACUGGGAGCAAAAUCAAUAUCAGUGAAGGGCAAUAAAAAUUAUUUUUGAAGUUAAGAGCAAAUUGGUGUCACUUUUUCGAUUCAGAAAUUAAGAGUCACCAGCAUUGAUGCUCAUGAUGCUGUGUGACAUACACAGACCUGUUUACUCUUACGAUUUUGGCGUACAAUGUACAAUUUUGAGGUGUAUACAUUAUAUAUACUGUAUGUUUAUUUUUUUACUUUUAUGAUAAUGUAUUGAACAAUUUUGUGAUGAUAUUUUACGAUUUUAAGAGUUUGAGGGUAAACAGGUCUGCAUACAAUUUUAUUAAAUUAAAUUUUAUUUUACAUUAUUAUUACUCUAAAUAACUUUAUAACUUUUAGAUCUAAACCAGUGAUGGCGUACAUUCUAGAGACCGAUUGCCCAAAUUGCUUCCCAAAACCCAUUUAUUUAUCACAAAGUACCAAUACUACAAUUAAACUUGAAUCCUGUGGAUUUAGUUUCGAAGAAAAACAACAAACACAUAAAUUAACAUCUUUUGUCUAUAAAGAAAAGCACAAUAACAGAGACGUCAAUAAUACAUAUAGCUUUUUAGUAAAAGCUUUCCCUUGAGUGUCCUGUUAGCCAAUGCUUGGCUGCAUGGUUGCCAUAGGGUUGCCAUCAUCGUUUUAAACUAAGAUAAAUAAUAACAAUUUUGAAAAGCUUUUUGCCUUCAACGAGAACUUUCAGCAUUUAAAAUAAAUGAUUUAUUCACUAACGCUGCAACAAAAUGUUCAAUGUCUUUAAAUUGACGUGUGUCUUGAACUGUCUUUUCCCAGCACUGUUCUGGCUAUUGCUGGUGAAAAUUAUGCCCUCAUUGCCACUGAUACUCGGUUGAGCCAGGGAUUUUCUAUUCAUUCAAGAGAAAGUCCAAAAACUUACUCACUGUAAGUACAAUUGUAUGCAUUGCUUAAAACCAUUAGUGUGAAGAUGAUCUCAUAAACCAGUGCUUUUAGGUGGUGAAAUAUUUUAAAAAAAAAAAUAAUAAUACCACAAAUCUUUUUUUGAAAAUGUUAUGUUAUUGGCCUCGCUCCAUUUAAUGGCUGCUUAAAUGUCCAUAUUUUAGCUCAGAAAAUACAGUCUUGGGCUGCUGUGGAUUCCAUGGAGAUGUUUUAACCCUCACAAAGACCCUUGGGGCUAGACUACAGGUGAGUGCAUGUCAUUCUUCGGUCACCCUAUCAAAUGAGACAUAAAAUCUGAGUAAAUCCUUUGUAUUUGAUUCUAUUUCAAUUUUUUCAAGUGUUUGUCUUAACUAAUCACAAAGCGCAGUGAAAAUGAGUUACAGCUUUCUAAAUGUCAUUGUUUGUUGACUUCUCCCAUCCUAGAUCUUUGAGAAAGAACACAACAAGCCUAUGCCAACUCCCUCAGUAGCUGCGAUGCUCUCAACAAUACUUUACUACAGGCGUUUCUUUCCCUACUAUACCCACAAUCUAGUGGCUGGACUGGAUGAAGAAGGUAAUAUACCAAACAAUAAUUUUUAAAUUUUUUGUGUUCAUAACAAGAAGAUUAUUAUCUAAGAAAAAUUACAGACAUGUUUUUCUCUAAACUCUCCUGUAAAAAUUAUUUCCUGUUUAUUUAAUACCCAGUACCAUUAUUUAAGCAUUGUGUUUAAGCUUAGAUAAUAACCAUUACAUCAGCAUUGUGUUUGAGCUUAGCUUUUAGAUUACACCCAACCCACCUAUUUACUUACAUAUCUGAUUAAAGGGGGAAAAAUGAAAACCAAGAAUAGAAAACUUCAUAUAUAAUUUUGUUAAAUUUGAAUAGUUUAUCAAUUAAAACUCUAUUGUUACUUUAAAACCAGCAAAUACAAUAAACAAAAUUGCUAAUGUUACGUGAUAGUGCAGUUUCAUUUAUUUGCGCCCUGGCCCCUGACCUUGUCGCCAGUCCACAUUACAGUGAAGAGUGACAAACUGCUUGAUAAACGCAGUGUAUGACCAGCGUCCCAGUGGCUGACCAGGUCCUAGGCCAAGCCUGAACUGAAAUAAUAAUUCUUGUUUAUGGUGUUGGCAGCUGACCUUGCGUUGGAUCAAGGCAGGGGCUUAAUAAGCGGGUCACUAAGGCUACAUCAACUCCUAUAUAUAUAUAUAUAUAUAUAUAUAUAUAUAUAUAUAUAUAUAUCGGGUACAUUCUUUUAGUAAGAGGAAAUACUCUAAGGACCAAGAUAAGCCCAACAAUGCGAGAUUAGCUUAGUACUAGAUAGGACGCUUGACUAGCCAGCAGAAAUAAUAGUCAAAUUUCAAUUGCUUAUUAAAAGUCACAUUUAGUCCAGGAACGUAGGAUUUUUUAGUACUCUUUAUAUUACUGUGAAAUUGAGACAUUUUUAGUGUUAAUUUAUUUAAGUGUUUUACAUUUUCUAUAUCUUUAUUCAUAUUUUAUUCUAUGUAAUAAAGUUCAAUUACAUUAGAGCACUGAUUCUCUUCUCUUAAGUCCUUUUAAUGAUUCCCUAGACCAGGGAUUGGGAAUAUGCUUUUUUCUAUCUUUCUCACAUAGGUCUUGGACACUAUUAGUUACUAAAUCAAAAUUUAAUAUUUGGUUCUUUGCCAUUAAAAGGAUCCCAACCCCUCCAUUCAUUAGUAUUGGGCACUCAGCUAUCAAGUGCACUACUGUCUCCGGCCCCUGUCUGCAAUAACAGCAACUCGGGUCCCAAAGAGGAUGCAACCUAUUAAUUAAGCUUUGAGUAGGACAGUGUUCUGUCCCAUCUGGGCUAUGAUGUUCUUUUGUUUGCAUUUUAGUUUCCAUCACUCAUCCCCUUUCCUGUUUAGGUGUAGCGUGUUCUGGAAAAGUUUAAGAGCUGUGUCCCACCUUUUCCUAGUUUUUUAACCAUUCCUCUCAAAAAAGGUCUUUUUAGCUUUGACCCCCCAGCUGCAUCAUUAGUUGAUCUGGUUGUAGCUGGGCAGACCCUUGCCUACACUAGCAAGUUAGCUCCCUGCAUUUCCAGGGAUCAACUCCUUAGAAUGCAGCUAAAUACCACAUAGGCGUGAUUCCAGAAAAGCAACUGGGUGCUAACUGAACUAGCAGAAGUACGAAACCAAGAUCGAAGCCACGCUGACUGUGGUCCAAGUCCAAAUACCAGAAGUCAUAAAGGUGGAGUAUGAAGUCUUCAUUGCCAGAAUUCUUGAAGUCACCAGGAGAGUCAUACCGAGAAAAAAUUGAAAAUAAACAUUCAGACCAUACUGGUAAAAAAACCUCUGGAUAGUAAAUGUGAGGUUGGAAAUCUAAGGCGUAUUGAUUUGUUGUCACUACCUACCUCCUUUAGACAAUCAGACUUUGCUUGGGCUCAAGGUCAGAUGAAAUUAGCAUCAGAUCUGGCCGGGACUCUGUACUAUGUCCCAUAUGGAGAAGUGUGGUUUGUAGAAAAAUAUCCUCCACGUAACAAUCUGAUUCUAAAUAGCCCUAGUCAGGUGAUUUGGCAUUGAAGUCACUGGUUAUUCUGGUCUUCUCAAAGACCACAUUGUCCCCCAUAGGUAGGGUUAUUGGAUUACUGGAAAUAGCAGAACAAUUUAAAGAAGAACAUUUCCCUUCUUUCUAUUUCAAGCUUCCACAUACCUGGUUCUAUUUCCUUCACACAGCUUGGCUCUUUUAAGUAUUUGUAAUUGUAAAACUUCUAUUAUGCUUAAAAACUCCUUAUUUUGCUGUGCUGUUAUGUUAGUUCACCUCUACAAUCUCCAUGGGGACUGCUGUGGUCAUGCCUUUACACUGCCCACAUUUACUAUGGUAAACCCUCCUGGAGGAGGGCGACCUUUGGCGCCAUGCCCAGUUGCUUUUUUUGCCUUGUACCAACCUGUCCCCCAAUGUGGGCAUGAGAGGGGAUCAGCUUCCCAACCCAGGAGCAGUGUCCAUAUCCCCUGAUACUAAUGUAAAACACAGUGACUGAGAUGCCAGCUCCACAUCAGAAAGUCUCAUUUUACUUGCCAUUGUGCAACAGAGUGAACAGUUUGCUUCUUCCCCUUAGGGCUCAGGUUUUGCAUCAUCUGAGCCCCUCGUUCAAGGAGUCUUUCAGUCUUCAGCGGGACACACCAGGUUCUUUUGCUUCAGUUUGUGACCAACUUCUCCGAGCCUUACUAUUAUUAUUAUUAUAAGUGGUUUUAUAUAGUGUGGUAACCCAUUGGGCUCACCACGCUGUACAUAAAAUUUAACAAACAUAAUAAAAAAACUAGUCUGGUAGCACCACACAGGGGGCAGAACCUUUGCAAAACUGUAAACUGAAUCAUCUACAAAAGCUUAUAAAUUUAACUUUUCGUAUUCCUCCUGCAGGCAAAGGAUGUGUGUACAGUUUUGAUCCUGUUGGAUCUUAUGAGAGGGAAGUUUAUAGGGCUAAGGGCUCUGCAUCUGCCAUGCUGCAGCCUCUUUUGGAUAACCAGGUCAGAAAAAAAAUAAAUAUAAUUUCAAUUUCUAACCCAUCCUUAUUCUCAUGCAUGUAUAUAUAAAAUUAAUCUAUUAUUAUAUGUACCAUAACCAAUAAACUAUUGUUAAAUUCUAUGAUGCUUUGAAUUGAUUCUGUUUUGUUUGUAUUAAUUACCCUACAGAUUGGUGGUAAAAAUCAACAAGGUUACGUAGUACAGCCCAUGCCCCUAGACAGAUGCAUUGCUGUGGUGAAAGAUGUUUUCACAUCAGCAGCUGAAAGAGACAUCUACACUGGUGACAACAUUCUCAUCUCUGUCAUUACUAAAGAUGGGCUCAAGUCAGAAAAGUUUCCACUGCGUAAAGAUUAGAUAUGUCUUGUUAUUUUCAUCUUUCAUUGGUAAAUUGUUUUUUUUGUUUUGCUUCAAAUAUAAUUAAGUACCUAAGUAUAUUUAAUUUUAAUUGAAACUCGCCGAAUUCUUUUUACAGGCACAACAUCAAGUUGUUGUAAAUAUGAGGUGUUGAUCAUAUAAAGUGCAAAUCAUUUAUGUUAAUUAAGUUGAAAAAUUAAAUUGCUUAGGACUUAUUAAAGAUUUUGGAAAGUGAAUAUGUGUUUGAAUGUCUUAAAAUGUCUUUACUGAAAUAAAUUUGAAUUUUUGACCAUUU